AUGCCCGUCUCCGCGCUGCUGCUCCCUCCCUCUCUCUCGCCCCCAGGCAAUAACAGCGGCACCAGCCAGCGCCCGUUUGUGUCCAGCUCCGCGCCUCCCUCAAGAAUUCUCGUCUACCCGCGCCCCACAACCACCACCACCAGCAGCACCACCCGCCGCCACACCCCUACGCAUUUGUCACCACGCGCCCUCGCCCUCGCCCUCGCGCCCGCAACCAACAAAGCCGCGUCCACUCGGCCCGCCCGCCAGCCCGCCCCGAGCAAAGCUCGCAGCGGACCGGGCCCGCGCCGGCGCCAUGCAAGCGCGGCUCCGCGCCCGUAGCCGCAGCUAAAGUACCGGCAGCGGAGGAGGAGGAGGAGGAGGAGGACGACGACGGCGGCCGGGCAGGCUCUACUCUAGACUAGAGUAGAGUACGCGGGCGUGGGUCGUGGGUCGUGACGUCGUGGACUGGUGGUGGUGUCUGCCUGGCGGGUGGGACGGGGGCUUGGCGGGUUGAGGUGGUGGUGGGCGUGGGCUAGAGUACCUAACCUACCUACUCUACGAGGAGGUUAGAGCGGAAGGUGGGGUUUUUUGCUUGUUGCUUAUUUGUGGUUGGGUAGGUACGCCCGCUACGUGGGGGGCAGGUAUGCCGCGGCGAAGGCGCGGAUGGUAAGGCAGGUAGGUAAGGUGGGUGCGUGUUACAUCGGGCGGCUCUACUCUAGUGCGUUGUGUAAGUUUUUCUUUUUUUUUUUUUUUUUU